CUCCAACAUCCAACAGCCCUGCGAUUUCGGUUUCCAUCCAGGGUAAGAUAAAGAACCGAAUUGCUUGAAAAUGUCGUCACGUAUCCCCGACAGAACAGGUUCGAAGCGAAGCCGGUCUCGCUCUCCAACUUCAUCAUCUUGGCGUCAACCCCAGAAGCUCCCCCGCAGGUACGAUGAAAGGGACCGCCGACAAGACUGGGACAAUGGGCAAAGUCGAUCGUCGCAGGCUCCGCCCCGGAACAUGAAGGACCAAGUCCGCAUCAACCAGCUUCAGGAAGACGAACAAGUGCGGGAAUGGGUGGCACAGGAAGACGUCUUUGUUUUGAAGCAGGCCAAGAAGAAGGCAGAGAUUCGAGUCAAGGAGGGCCGGGCGAAGCCGAUCGAUUGGCUCACGGUUACUCUGCGAGUGAUUGAUCCUACGAGGGAUCCUUUGGAUGAUGAGAUUGCAGACUCGGAUCUUGAUUUGGUGAACCCGGAUGGUGUUUUCGAAGGGCUAUCCCAGACGCAAUUGUCGGAUCUCGAAAAAGACAUUGAUACAUUCUUGAAUUUGGAGAGGAAUAAGCAGAAUACAGAAUUCUGGAAGACAAUGAAAGUCGUUUGUCGAGACCGCCAAAAGACCACCGCUCCCGAAGGACGUGCACUCAAUUCCGUCGCCGCUGAUAUCAACAGACUUCUUAGCCCUAAAUCAUAUGAGCAACUGCAGAGCCUUGAAGUUCAGGUCAGAAGGAAGUUAGAUUCCAACGAGCCCAUCGAUACCGAUUACUGGGAGGAACUUUUGCGCAGUCUUACAGUCUGGAAGGCUCGGGCUAAACUGAAGAAUGUGUACCAUGCUGUCAUCGAAGAGCGUGUUCGGGGACUACGCAAACAACAAGCCGUGGAAGCAGAGUUUGUCCGGAGCAAGCUGGCUCCUCUUGCGCCGGUCAUCGAGACGAAUCCUGUUGACCAGGAUGAAUUCAAUGGCCUUGACCCCGAUCCGUUGUUGCAGAUUCGCCCUGAAGAUAAGGUGUUGGAAAUUGUCGAUGAAAGCGAUUUCUUGAACCAGGUGGCUCGUGAGCGUCAAAAGAUUGUCAAGAUGGGCUUUGUACCCUUGCGUCAACGACAUGCUGAAAAGCCAUCAGCUGCUCCGGUCAAUCAAAGCUCGAAUAUGCCAGUGGCCAGUGCCUCGACCCGUUUUUCUACCAUUCCAAACGAAGACUUCUCCCAAGCAACCAAGGCUCUUUACGAAAGGGAACUUGCAAAGGGUGUCAGCGAGAACGAGGAGAUUUUUACCGGUGAGGAGGCAGUCAGCUCCAACUCCCAUCACCAAUGGGCCGGCAAACAUCGGCCUCGUAAGCCACGUUAUUUCAACCGAGUACAAAUGGGCUACGAGUGGAAUAAAUACAAUCAAACCCAUUACGACCACGACAAUCCACCACCAAAGGUUGUACAGGGCUACAAAUUCAACAUCUUCUAUCCUGAUCUCAUCGACAAAGCAAAGGCUCCGACAUACCGCAUCGAGCGAGAGAACGGAAGAAAGCGCGGUCAAUCCUUUGCGGCAGCGGGUGAAGAGGAUACUUGUCUCAUCCGGUUUAUGGCAGGACCGCCGUAUGAAGAUAUUGCAUUCCGAAUUGUAGAUAAGGAGUGGGAUUAUAGUGCCAAACGAGAAAGGGGGUUCAAGAGUACUUUUGAUAAGGGAAUUUUACAACUUCAUUUCCAGUUCAAGAGGAUUUACUACCGCAAGUAAGAAUCAGACUCGAUUUCAUAUUUAUAUCAUUGGAGCCAUUAUUUAUUCUGUCAAUACAAAAAUAUGUAUUAUCUACGGGCAUGAAACAUGAAACUACUAUAUCUUGCUUUUGAAUUUAAUGCCAUGAAACUUUGACCAGUUUCCUAU